GCUGGCCUCACACACGCUCUCCGCCCUGCAACAGGUAACACAAAACCGACCAGCACUGCUGUCCAUGUUUCUAUCUGUCUGUCAGGUUUCUCUCCGGCAUGUUCUUCUGAGCACAUUCCACUUGCUUAAGCCAAGGAUUCAGAUCUGAGGGAAGAGGUCUAAUAUCAUUUCUUCAACGGACAAAGUGGGGAAGGACCAGAGAGACAAUGAUGGAACUCACGAUCCAGCUCAUCCCGACAGGGGAAAUCAUCCUUUCUCCGGGGAAAAAUGGAGAACACUACUGCCACAACUGCAAGGUGGUGGCUAGCGACGGGCUGCGGGCUAUGAUGGAGUCGGCCCUGACAGCCAGAGACCGAGUGGGCGUGCAGGACUUUGUCCUGUUGGAGAACUUCACUAGUGAGGCCGCCUUCAUCGAGAACCUUCGCAAGCGCUUCAAAGAGAACCUCAUCUAUACUUACAUUGGUUCAGUGCUGGUGUCCGUUAACCCAUACAAAGAUCUGGAGAUCUACACCAAGAACCACAUGGAGCGAUACCGCGGGGUCAACUUCUACGAGGUCUCGCCACAUAUCUAUGCCGUAGCAGAUAACUCGUACCGCUCCAUGAGGACAGAGAGGAAGGACCAGUGCAUCUUGAUCUCUGGUGAGAGUGGAGCUGGCAAGACGGAGGCAUCCAAGAAGAUCCUCCAGUACUACGCUGUGACCUGUCCCAUCAGUGAUCACGUGCAGACCAUCAAAGACAGGCUGCUGCAGUCCAACCCUGUGCUGGAGGCCUUUGGUAACGCCAAGACGCUGCGCAACGACAACUCCAGCCGCUUUGGCAAGUACAUGGACAUUCAGUUUGACUUCAAGGGCGCCCCAGUGGGAGGCCACAUCAUCAACUACCUGCUGGAGAAGUCCCGCGUGGUCCACCAGAACCACGGAGAAAGAAACUUCCACAUUUUCUAUCAGUUGAUUGAAGGAGGAGAAGAAGACCUGCUGAGAGGCUUGGGUCUCGAGAGGAACCCUCAGCAGUACCAGUACCUCGUCAAAGGUAACUGUCCCAAAGUGAGCUCCAUCAAUGAUCGCAGUGACUGGAAGGUGGUGAGAAAAGCCUUGACUGUUAUUGGCUUUAACCAGGACGAUGUGGAGGAGUUGUUGAACAUCAUAGCCAGCGUGCUCCACCUGGGAAAUGUGCAGUAUGGGAGCGAGGAGGGCAACGCCUGCAUCACCUCUGACACACAGAUAAAGUAUCUGGCCAGGUUGUUAGGAGUGAACGGCUCAGUGCUGACAGAGGCACUCACACACAGGAAGAUAAUUGCCAAGGGAGAGGAGCUGAUGAGCCCACUGAACCUAGAGCAAGCGUCAUCUGCCCGAGAUGCUCUGUCCAAGGCAGUGUAUGGACGCACCUUCACCUGGUUGGUCAACAAGAUCAACACCUCGCUGGCUUGUGCACAGGACGACUCCCUCAAGAAUUACUCAGUCAUUGGUCUGCUGGACAUCUACGGCUUUGAGGUCUUCCAGAACAACAGCUUUGAGCAGUUCUGCAUCAACUACUGUAAUGAGAAACUGCAGCAGCUCUUCAUUGAGCUCACCCUCAAGUCGGAGCAGGAGGAGUAUGAAGCCGAGGGCAUCACGUGGGAGCCAGUGCAAUACUUCAACAACAAGAUCAUCUGUGACCUGGUGGAGGAGAAGUUCAAAGGCAUCAUCUCCAUUCUGGAUGAGGAGUGUCUGAGACCUGGAGACGCCAGUGACAUCACCUUCCUGGAGAAGCUGGAGGACACUGUGGGAGGACACGCGCACUUUGUCACUCACAAACUGGCCGAUGGAAAGACCAGGAAGAUCAUGGGUCGUGAUGAAUUCAGACUGCUGCAUUAUGCUGGAGAGGUCAACUACAACGUCAACGGAUUUUUGGACAAGAACAAUGAUCUGCUCUUCAGGAACUUAAAGGAGGUGAUGUGUAUGUCAGAGAACAAGAUCCUGAACCAGUGCUUCGACAGAGAAGAGCUGAGUGACAAGAAACGUCCUGACACGGCAGCCACCCAGUUCAAAGCAAGUCUGGCCAAACUCAUGGAGAUCCUAAUGUCCAAGGAGCCGUCGUAUGUCCGCUGCAUCAAGCCCAACGACGCCAAACAAGCAGGUCGAUUUGAUGAGGUGCUGAUUCGUCACCAGGUCAAGUACCUGGGACUGAUGGAGAAUCUGAGGGUGAGGAGAGCCGGCUUUGCUUACAGACGACGCUACGAGGUUUUCCUGCAGAGGUACAAGUCUCUGUGUCCGGACACGUGGCCAAACUGGCAGGGGAAACUGGCCGAUGGAGUGGCCACCCUGGUCAAACACCUGGGAUACAAGCCAGAGGAGUACAAACUGGGCAGAUCCAAAAUCUUCAUCCGCUUCCCAAAGACCUUGUUUUCCACGGAGGAUGCACUAGAGACCAGGAAACACAGUCUGGCCACCAAGCUACAGGCAGGAUGGAGAGGCUACAGCCAGAAGUCCAAAUACCAGAAGCUCCGAACUGCAGCUAUUGCCAUCCAGGCCUGGUGGAGGGGAAUCCUGGCCAGGAGGAGAGCCAAGCGCAGACGUCAGGCUGCCGAUACCAUCCGCAGGUUCAUCAAGGGCUUCAUCUACCGCCACAAGGAGCGCUGUCCAGAGAACGAGUAUUUCCUGGACUACGUUCGCUACUCGUUCCUCAUGAAUCUGCACAGGAACCUUCCCAAGAACGUGAUGGACAAGAGCUGGCCCGUUCCUCCAGCUGCUCUCACUGAGGCGUCGGAGCAUUUGCGUAAGCUGUGCAUGCAGAACAUGGUGUGGAGCUACUGCAAGAAGAUCAGUCCAGAGUGGAAACACCAGAUGGAGCAGAAGAUGAUUGCCAGUGAGAUCUUCAAGGACAAGAAGGACAACUACCCACAGAGUGUGCCCAAACUUUUUGUCAGCACCAGACUCAAUGGAGAGGACAUAAAUGCCAAGGCUCUGCAGGCUCUGGGCAGCGAGAAGAUGAAGUACGCGGUGCCUGUCACCAAGUACGACAGGAAAGGCUACAAAGCUCGGCCCCGUCAGCUGGUCCUCACCGGGAACUGUGCCGUCGUCAUAGAGGAGGCCAAAGUCAAGCAGCGCGUCGACUACGCCUCUCUGAAAGGGAUCUCCGUCAGCUCUCUGAGCGACGGCCUCUUUGUUCUGCAUGUUCCCAGUGACGACAACAAACAAAAGGGAGACGUAGUUUUGCAGAGUGACCAUGUGAUCGAGACCUUGACCAAGAUCGCAAUCUGCGCCGAGAAAGUCAACAGCAUCAACAUCAACCAGGGCAGUAUUAAGUUUACAGCAGCUCAGGGCAAAGAGGGAACCAUAGACUUCACACCGGGAUCAGAACUACUGGUGGCCAAGGCAAAGAACGGACACUUGUCUGUGACGGCUCCCAGACUCAACUCCAGAUGAUGGCCACUCUGACCGCACACACACACACACACACACACCAGGACCGGCGUACUCCUGACCUCUCCCAUCCUCCAGACCCUGCUCUACCUAAGCCAAUCAGAUGCCAGCUGUCACUGCACAGGUGUCACAUGCUUCCAAUUAAAAAAAAAAAAAAAGGAAAAAAAAAAUCCAGCAAAACUAAUCAAUAUAUUUAUGUUUAUAUAUUAUAUUUUUGGGGAUUAAUACUGUUGCUGUUUGAAUAUUCUGAUUUUUAUAUGUGAGGCCAAGGAAUAACAGAUAUUUUUGGUGCGUUUUUCAUGCACCGCGCGUGUAUUUUGUGCUUUAUUUGGUGGGAACAUGACCAAGAAAAUGACGAGGGAGGAGUCUGAAGUCGAGACACGAAUGAGGAGGAGCUUAUUGUUGUUGUUUGUUGUUGUGUCGUCAUUUACUUUUCCUGCUUUACUAGAAGACGUGAUUGUCUCGCUCACGCUGUACUUCUCUAACUGUGAGGUGAAUGACUUGUCGCAGGAGUGUGAAGGUGUGUCAGUAUGUAGAGCUGCGGAGACGAACAACAUUUCAAUUCAGUGCUCACGUGCAGUCGGACCGGCUCGCUGCAUGGACACUAGUUGGUCGUACUACUGGAUAGAUGUGAUAGAUUUGUAUAGAAGAUCGCAAACUGAUUCACUACAUUAAAGAUUGUUUUUUUAAAGUGUAUUUGAGCUCGGGGACACAGACUUAAGCAAUAAAACGCUUGUCCUCUUAAAUCUGCGACACCUUAAGAAUAUGUUUUGCUGGUAGACGAUCAUUUCCUGACUGGAAACUAGACGUUUGUGUUGCUUUGUAAACCGCUCACUUCCCUCACACCAAAUCAGUUUAUUUAUCACGGCUGCCUCCAUCAUUAAGUGUAAAUGUGUUCAUUUUUAUGAGUUUGGUGUUUCAAACUCAUAAGUAGACCUGCAGCCCCUGUGUCCUCGUCAGCUAAAAACACUGAGUUUCUCUGUGGACUCACUGGUGUGAGAGAGUGCACCACCUUUAGUUUUUAGUCUAAUGUGGAGAUAAAACAACAAACAUAUUUGUAGGUACAGUCUUAAAGCUGCAGUGUGUAACGUUACAUACUGCAGCUUUAAUCAGGCAUAGAUUUUAAUAGUCAAUCCUUUUGAUAAGAGGCUAAAAUCUAGUUUUUGACAGCCAUGUUUUCAGUGAGAGCUCAAGCGUGUUUGCACCUCAUACAGCCACACGGUAAAAAAAAUAUCCCUUAAAAUAAUCAACAUAUUCUCUGAAAACACUGCAAAAAAGAACAAAGAAAGUGAGGAGGUGUGAGAGGAAGAGGACAUGAGAAGGACUUGUGGAAAGAAAGAUGGACGCAGCGUCGUUUGCCUCAACACCAGGUGUUUGUGCCUUUGUCUUGUCUGGACUGAUUUCUUUCUAACUCGAGAAGUGUGUGCGCGUGUGUCGACGUCUGAACAGCUUGUCAUCACUUGAUGCACGAGUGAAUGGAGGUGAAUGUAGAGCGUGUGUUUCCUCCGCUCUUCCCAUCAUCCUCGCUGCUUCUAACCUGGUGGUUAGACUGGUGGUGCAGCUACCUCUGACCCGGCUCUGACCAAUGUUUUCCAUUCAAUUUCACCUCAGACCAUCAUUUCCUUUGUUUAUUAUCGCACGUAUGUCAGUUAUUUUUUUUACAUUUGUACGCCAGUGAGACAGAGCUGAGACCAUGACGUGAGGCUGAAGCCAGAGGACGUCACGUGAGUCACGUGUCACCACCUUUCUUCUUAAAAGAAAUAGUUUUAACAUGGUUUUUGCCAGCGUGAAGAUCCAGUCGGGAGAGGAUUAGCUUUGCUUUAAAUGUCCAGUGUGUAAGAAUUAGUGACAUCUAAUGGUGAGACAACAGAAUGCAACAGACAGAGGACUCACCCCUCCAUUUCCCAAUUACGUCAGGGAACUACGGUGGCCUCCACAUACCAGAAAGGAUGUAAACAACUCUCCCACUCUCAGGUUUAUGUGGAUGGAGCGACGUAAGCUUCCAUUUCAAAAAAGCAAAAAAAAUAACUUCUGGUUGGUGUGAGAGUGGGGGAGUGUGUUAGAAUUCCUCAUGGGGGCAAAAUAAGUGUUGUAAUGCACCUUUAAAACAGGCGUCUCAAAGCACCUGGAGGCCAACGAGUGUCCGAUCUGGACGUGAGGGGAAAACAGUUAAACUAUGUGGUAAAUGAACUUAAAAUGAUAUGACAAUAUUCCAUCAAAAUAACAAUAUUCAUGAUGACAUUUAACAGAAGUAAAAGUGUUACAGACUUCAAAGUUCACAAUAAAUAAAAUCACAAAUUAAAUAAUAUUAAAACAUGCUUAUAAAUAUAUAUGUAUAUAUCAUUGUAUGUUAAAUACAUGUAAAAGUGUGAUUACCUGAGCUAAUAUCAUUAUUAUUAUUAUUAUAAAACAUUGCUCACUGUUUAAGACAAUAGCUAACAGUCAUGUUUAGUAUUAUAUUCUGUCUAUAAGCUGUAGGUGGUGAGACAGUUCUCAUUAUAACUUGAUAUAAUGACAUCAAAUAAAAGUCAGUGUGGACUUGUGCUUUAAAGCCAGUACAAACUUGCACAGAUAAUGUCGUUUCUAUCAUUAAAUCCUCCUAAACUUUACACACUGGACCUUUAAGAACUGCUUGCUCUGAUCCAAUUUUAUUAUGGCAAGAAAACAUCUAAAAUAGCAUCAAAAUGCAACAACAAAAACUUCAUUAAAACACAACAAGAGUAAAAAUAUUAAUGCAAUAAAAUAAAAAAGGCACAAAAAUUUAUAGUCCAAGUCAUCAGUGGCUCUAAGCUCUUUCUCAAACCUGCAGGCGAGACCAAAGACUGAUGGUGAAAAGGUUUUGUUCACUAUAUUAAAAACCUGGUCUCUCUGCGUGGCGAGGCGGGUGCAAUAUGGCGAGGCAGAACUUCUAGUCACCAAACACCCGGUCGGUUUCAACUGAUUGUGUGUUUGAUUUGAAUGACGGUGUUUGUUUGUGUUUGUGUUCUGAGUGAGAGAAUCCAGACGCUUUUUUUCCAUAUUGUUUAUUAAGUUGUUCACGUUUCUUGUUGGAUAGCAAUACAACAGGUGUGUGUGUGUGUCUGUCUGUCUGUGUGUGUGUCUGCGUGUGUGUGUGUGUGUGUGCGUGUGCGUGUGUGUGUACAAGCUUCAUUCAAACCAAACACCAUGUUCAUCUGUUGAUUUACUGUUGCACUCCUCUGUCCUGACUUACUGUAAUACACCAAACCAAUGUAUAAUUAUGCCAGCACACUAAGAUACUAAAGAUUUCAAAGAAUAAAUUUGAAAGGUAAAUACAAAA